AUUACAUUAAAAAUAAUUCGAGUCUCCAUCACUUCUUACCUUUUUCAUUUCGGUUUCUCCCCGAACUUGCUCGCCCCUUUUCUUUAUCUUUAUUUAGGUGGACUCGCCGGAAUAUUCUCUUUCCGGCAGCUUCUCUGUCACCGGAUCCAACAUCUUUACUGCCUCUUUUCGCCAAGCUCCCUUCUACUGUAAUUUUGUCUCUAUAAACUCUUUUACUACCUAUAAUUUACUGUUUUUCAUUUUUAGCUUGAUUUUUAAUUAUGAGUAUUUGAUGUUGAAUUUGUUAAAGUUGGAAGCUUUUUGUGUUUUUAAGAGGCGGGUCAGUGGUUGAAUGGGCUAAUUUGUUGUGAUUUCAUGUGGGUUGUGGUGUCUUGGAUCCAUGAAAUUGUCGGUGCACUGAUUAUUUGAUGUUUGGGGAGUUUGAAAAUUUGAUCAGAAGGUGUUUGUGUUUGUUUAAACUGAGUAUGUUGGUGUUCUUUGAUAGUUAAUGUGCUAUGUACAUGUGUAUGUGUAUGUAAGUGUUGUGUGUGGAUUUUCUUGGGCUAGAAUUUCGUAAAUUUGUGAAUUUAUGGUUGUUGAGAGUUUUUGUUAAAAUUUAAGUGAUGGAGGCUAAGUUGAGGGACAAAGGUCCUCAAAUUUUUGGCUCGGAUGCAAAGGCGGUUGGGAAGAAGAAAAUGGAGUGGGAUUUGAAUGAUUGGAGAUGGGAUGGUGAUAUGUUUAGAGCAGCUCCAUUGAAUUCGAAUCCGUCGGAUUGUAGGGGUAAGCAGUUGUUUCCUAGUGGAUCAGGCAUGGCUCCGGUUGUGAAUUUGUCUAAUAAUUCAAGCUCUUGCUCGGAGGAAACUACUAAUGAGAGAGAGAAGCGCGAAUUGGAGAAACGGAGAAGGGUUGUGUUGGUUGAAGAUGAAGAGAUGAAUGAUGAAGUUGGGUCACCUAGUUUGACGCUUGGAGGACAAGUGUACCCUAUAACAACUGAAGGAGACAGAGAGAAUUGGGUCGAAAAGAAUGGAAAGAAAACCAAGACUGCAGAUGGGGCUACACCACGACGUCCGGUUUGUCAGGUGGAGGAUUGCCGAGCUGAUUUGAGUAGUGCAAAAGAUUAUCACAGACGGCAUAAAGUGUGUGAUGUGCACUCAAAAGCUAAUAGUGCAUUGGUUAAAAAUGUGAUGCAGAGGUUUUGCCAGCAAUGCAGCAGGUUUCAUACUCUUCAAGAGUUUGAUGAAGGUAAAAGAAGUUGUCGCAGGCGUUUAGCAGGCCAUAAUAGACGGAGAAGGAAGACACAUCCUGAAAAUGCAACUAAUGCAGUCAACUCGAAUGAGGAGCAGAGUAGUAGUUACUUGUUGAUAAGUCUGCUCAGAAUUCUGUCCAAUGUACACUCUAAUAGCUCCGAUCAAACAAAGGAUAAUGAUUUGCUGUCUCAAUUAUUGUCAAGCCUUGCUAGUCGUGCUGGUACAAUCAAUCAAAGCAACUUCCAUAGACAGCCCAAUGAAUCUCAAGAUUUACAAGAUGCUGCUGCAUCUAUUAGGACUCAAGGACAGAGUUCUUCUAGACCUACUGGACAAAGUUCUGCUGUACCUGCAUAUGGAUUGACCCAAAAACAAGAAAAUAUAGAUGUUGCUCAUGAUGAAAAUUUGAUGGCUCAAAAAUCCAGUGCCCUAAUUCCUAUGGAAGGUGGCGUUCCAGCGAAAGCCAAUUUGCACACUUCAGUAGGGAGGAUGAAGCUGUGUAACAUAGACCUAAAUAAUGCUUAUGAUGAUACUGAAGACUGCAUGGAGAAUAUGGAGCACUUUGAUGCACCUGUUAAUGUAGCAUCACAUCAAGACUCCCACAAGGCAAGCCCGCCUCAAACAAGUGGGAACUCGGGCUCCACAUCUACUCAGUCUCCAUCUAGUUCCAGUGAAGAGAGCCGCAACGACCGGAUUGUUUUCAAGCUCUUUGGACAGGAUCCGAGUGGAAUCCCAUCAGACCUGCGAAAUCAGCUUUUGGCCUGGUUAGCGAAUACUCCUACAGACAUUGAGAGCUACAUCAGACCCGGAUGUAUCAUAUUAACUGUCUAUCUUCGAAUGGAAAAUUCCAGUUGGGAAGAGCUUUGUUGUGAUCUGAAAUCCAGUUUAAGGAAGCUUUUGGAUUCAUCAUCGGACUCCUUUUGGAAAACAGGAUGGAUUUAUACCAGGGUGCGGCAUCGUAUAGCAUUUGCAUAUGAUGGUCAGGUUCUGCUAGACACACACAUACCAUCAGAAAGUGACAAAAACUGCAAAAUCAUAAGCGUAAAGCCGCUUGCAGUUUCUGUAUCUGAGGAAGUAAAGUUUUUAGUUAAAGGCUAUAACAUAUCCAGUUCAAACACAAGGUUUCUCUGUGCACUUGAGGGAAAGUAUCUGGUCCAGCAAGAUUCUUCUGUUUUGAUGGAUAGAGAUGCUUCAUUAAGUAAUCAUCAGGAGGAGAUGCAGUCCAUUAGUUUUUCAUGCUCUAUACCAGAGGUUAUUGGGAGAGGAUUUGUUGAGGUUGAGGACCAGAGUCUUAGCAGUAGCUUCUUUCCCUUUAUAGUUGUGGAGCCAGAUGUUUGCUCUGAAAUUCGUACACUAGAGAGCAUCAUAGAAGCUUCUGAAGCUGCUAUUGGAGUGAAAGGCAAGACAGAAAAAUCUGAAGCCAGUACCGUAGCUUUAGACUUUGUACAUGAAUUGGGUUGGCUUCUUCACAGAAAUCAAUUGAAGUUUAGACUGGGCCUCAUGGAUCCUUACCAGGAUUUAUUCCCAUUCAAACGGUUUAGGUGUAUCAUGGAGUUCUCUCUGGACCAUGGUUGGUGUGCUGUAGUUAAGAAGCUUUUGGGAAUUCUUUUUGGAGGUACUGUAGAUGCAGGAGAGCACUCUUCUGUUGAACGUGCAGUGUUGGAGAUUGGUCUCCUUCACAGAGCUGUGCGGCAAAAUUGCAGGCUGAUGGUUGAAGCUCUUCUGAAUUAUCGGCCUGAAAACGUUGUAGAUAAAGCUGGAUCUGAUCGGAAGCAAACUGUUGCAGGUCAUUACCUAUUCAGACCUGAUGCAGUUGGUCCUAUGGGAUUGACUCCUCUUCACAUAGCAGCCGGUAAAGAUGGUUCUGAGAGCGUAUUGGAUGCAUUGACUGAUGAUCCUCAAUCGGUGGGAAUUGAAGCAUGGAAAAAUUCCCGUGAUUCUACAGGGUUGACACCUUAUGACUAUGCAUGCCAACGUGGUCAUCAUUCCUACAUCCAUAUCGUCCAAACAAAAAUAAAAAAGAAGUCGGAAAAUAGACAAGUAGUCAUCGACAUCCCCAGCAGCCUUCUAGAUUUUAACAAGAAUUCGAAAGCGGCAGAUGAUCUCAAGUCCACAAAAGUUGGUAGCCUUGAAACAGAGAAGUAUGCGAUGAAACUUGCCCAGAAACAGUGUGGUUUAUGUGAUCAGAAACUGGUCUAUGGCAACUUUAGAACAUCUUUAGCAUUCUGUCGUCCAGCACUGCUAUCAAUGGUUGCUAUCGCUGCUGUUUGUGUUUGUGUCGCCUUGCUCUUUAAAAGCUCACCGGAGGUUCUGUAUGUGUUCCAGCCCUUCAGAUGGGAACUUGUCAAGUAUGGAUCGAGCUAAGAAGUAGGUUUUAUGCCGCAAAUGUUACUGCUAAAAAGUGUGAUUUACUUUUUAUAUACACCGCCAGCUUAGAAAUAAGUUUAAAUUGUGCAGACUUGUUUUACUUUAGACUCCAGUUGAGAGUUCUGUCUAUGUGUAUGUGUAUGUAUCCCGACUUGGUUCCAGACUUCUAAUACAUAAUAGCGAAACUUAUAUAUAGCAA